CGGGCAGCGCCAGCCUCAGCAGCGGCGGGCGGGCGGCCGGGCCGGGCCCGUGGUGUGUGUGUGUGUGUUGUGUUGUGUUGUGAGGUGUGUUGUUGUGUUGUGUCCCCGCCCCCGCCAUGGCGGUGAGCGUGGGCCCCUACGGGCCGUCGCAGCCCAACUGCUUCGAGCGGGUGAAGAUGGGCUUCGUCAUGGGCUGCGCCGUGGGCAUGGCCGCCGGGGCCCUCUUCGGGACCUUCUCCUGCCUCAGGAUCGGCAUGCGGGGCCGGGAGUUGAUGGGCGGCAUCGGCAAGACCAUGAUGCAGAGCGGCGGCACCUUCGGCACCUUCAUGGCCAUCGGCAUGGGCAUCCGCUGUUGACCAGAACAAGAGUUUAUCCCCCUUCCCCUCCGUCCCCCGGCCAUGAUUUCGAAUGAAAUAAAGAAAUAAAUAUUUCUAAUGAAAUAAAGGCCUUUGCGUAGCC